AUGAGACCACCCACGGAGCUGGAAAACCCUGUUUUACCCAGCAAGGCGCACUUGAAGUACCCUGGGCCUAAAGAGACAGCAUUCCAGAUUCAAGUUUCCAGUCAUAAUCACUUCCUUACGUCAGAACUCAGCUCGAGCGAGUGCUCAGACGGCUUUUUGGCAGAGCCCAGCCCAGCGGGCCCAGCAACCUCGUCAGAAAAAGCCGCUCCGAUUCAAAGCCUCGCCGUGGGUUUUAGCCAGGGCCUCAACCUGCAGAGCUUGCCUCUCGGUGAAAGAAACCUGAGCAGACACGUUGGUCCUCACUCCUCCAAGAGUACUUGGUUCACUGGGGACCCAGGGACAGCCCACCCCACCACCUCACUCCACUCACCAACGAGGCUGACUGCUCAGGCCUCUGUAUCAAGGGGCCUCGCUGUGGUGGUGCUAUUGUUUGUGCGUUUGCUCAUCACAGCAAAACCUUUUGGCUUUAAAAAUCUGCUCCUCCAAAGAGCAUAA